AUGUCACUGCCUGUUGUCUCGGUUGCGGGGAACGGUUUCUUGAGUAGUGGCCAUCGAUUUCGGAUUAAAGGUGUCGCUUAUGUCGAAAAGGGCUCUGGUUCGACUCCGAUCGACGUGUUGGCCGAUUCAAGAGCCAGCCAGUGCGCAAUCGAUGGACCCUUAAUAAAGGCACUGGGGGCGAACACUAUCAAUGUGUACUAUACAGAUGCAACUCAGAGCCACGAUAAAUGCAUGCAGAUUUUCCAGGAUAAUGGAAUAUACAUUAUUGCGAACAUGGCAAAUCAAUGGGAUCGGACCCUUUUGAAUAUGACAGGAUUGGAUGUCAGUUCGAAUAUAGCCAACUCCACAUGGCAAAUGGACGUGUUCAAAGACUACGCGGCUGUUCUUGACUCAAUGGCUGGGUACAGCAAUCUCCUGGGGCUUCUUAUUGGAGAUGAAAUUGUCACCGGCCAAUAUAUUGAGAAUAAAGGCUCUACAGUCGACCUAGCCCCGUAUCUAAAAGCUGCAGCUCGAGAUAUGAAAGCUUAUACUGCUUCCAGGCAGUAUCGUCCCAUACCGAUUGGAUACGCUACAAGUGCAGAGUACACCUACAUGCAAGCGUUAGGAGAAUACCUUGUGUGCGGAGGUAACAGUGACGAGACUAUCGACUUCUAUUCAGUCAAUGGAUACCAGUGGUGUGGCAAUUCGUCCGUGAGCGCGUCUGGCUACGACGAAUUGACGUCGAAGCUUGAAGGCCUAGCGGUUCCCAUAUUCUUCUCUGAAGAUGGUUGCAACAAGCCUGAUCCGCGGCUCUUUGGGGACCAGUCCGCGAUUUUUGAGUCUAAUCUGUCAAGUAUUUGGAGCGGUGCAAUCGUCUACGAGUGGAGACAAGAGUCGAGGAACUACGGGCUUGUCUCAUACACUACUUCUGGUGCUAGUACGCCAACAACGCUGGCCGACUACAAUGCUUUGAAAAGCCAGUGGUCUGCUAUGACUGCGAAUACCCAACUUCCAUCUACUUUUUCCACUCCUUCCUGCCCCACAUCGAUCAAUUCAUCCUGGCCUAUCAACCCCAGCGCCGCAUUACCAACGAUUGCGGGUCUUGACUUUGCGAACAUCAAAGCGGCGUAUGCUACGGGUGAGAGUACUAGUACAAGCGCUAGGCCCAGUAGUAGCAUGAGAUCCAAGCAAUCAACUGGUACUAUGGCCGGAAUCAGUGUUGGUAUUGUGUUAGGUGUGGUGCUCGUUGUCAUUGGUAUUUUCCUAUACUUUUGCUUGCGUCGACGGAAAAGAAAUCGACAAAAGAAAACCUCAUCUUCGACGGCAGAGACGUCAGAGACACUCGCUACAGGAAGUGCUAGUCAUAUUGCUCCAUCGAUUGAAUUAGCCCAUACUGAUUCACCGAAUGAACUACCAGGUUCAGAUCCCAGGGCUCAAGAGAUUGACUCUGUUGUAGCUCACAAGGCUGGCAGGGGAGAGGUGUGA